CAUAAUUUGAUUAUUAAAUUAAAAUUACACAAAAAGAGACUAGAUAUUUCGAAACUUUUGAAUAACUUUGAAUUUUUUAAAUAGUACGAAAAAAGCCGAAAUUGAUUCUGAAAACUAAUUAAUUUUUUCGUAGUCAAAAAAGUAUUAGGCACCUAUAAAAUUUUAGCAAAAAUUCCAUGUUUUUGUACACGUCAGUAAUUGUAGUUCGUCGUUGAAAACAAAUUAAAUUCACUUGUAUAGCGAGCUUUUAAAUACAUAAAGACCCAGAAAAAUAUUCAACGUGGCCUCUUUCUCAACAGGAAAAACUAACAACAGUAUGCGACGCACAAAUUACGCAUACCAACCCUUGACACAACGACCACCGGGUCCAAGUACAAGUUAUGACAAUUUAGAAGAUGAAAAUGAAAGAUCCACUGAAGAAUUGAAAGAAAAAAUAGGGGCAUUAAAAUCUCUAACGAUAGAUAUCGGCAAUGAAGUUCGAUAUCAGGACAAAUUGAUUGGAGGUUUGGAUGAUGAUUUAGAUCGGACUGGUGGCUUCCUCGGGAAUACAAUGGGAAGGGUAAUUAGACUAGGUAAACACAGUGGUAAUCGACACAUGUUCUAUAUGUUUUUAUUCAUACUAUUUGUAACAUUCGUUUUAUGGAUAAUUUUGAAAUUAAGAUAGUUAGAUAGUUGGUAAUAUAUUAAAUUUUGUUAAAAACCAA